CUUUGGUAUAUAGCUAGAGACCCCUCCAUAACGCACCAAAAAGCCCUGUUUCGAUCGGUUCUCUCCAUCGCUUCCACUUGCAUGAAUUAAUGAUACUGCCCUCAUCUGCUUUUCCCAUGGCCUUCCCUCCUCACUUUCUGUUUCAGACCCACGAAGAUCAUGAUCAACUCCCUUCCACCUCCAUCAACGCCUAUAACUCCUUCACACCCAAGUUCUUCGAAGGCGGUGCAGUACCUUUGGUGUUGAAGAGAUCCGUGUCAUUUUCAGGGAUCGAGAACAAGCAUGAGGAUGAAGAGCUGUCCGAUGAUGGAUCUCAGCUGGGGGAGAAGAAGAAGAGACUGAACAUGGAACAAGUGAAGGCACUGGAAAAGAGUUUCGAGUUAGGGAACAAGCUGGAGCCUGAACGCAAAAUGCAGCUGGCCAAGGCUCUGGGCCUUCAGCCGAGGCAGAUCGCUAUUUGGUUCCAGAAUAGGAGGGCCAGAUGGAAAACCAAGCAGCUCGAGAAGGAAUAUGAAGCUCUCAAGAAGAAGUUUGAAGCUCUCAAGGCUGACAACGAUGCCCUUAAGGCUCAUAACCACAAAUUACACGCUGAGAUACAAGCUUUAAGGGGGAGAGAUUGCUGUGAGGGCGGAACUAUCAAUAAGAAAGAACCAGAGGCUUGUUGGAGCAACGGGAGUACUGAGAAUAGCUCGGAUAUUAACUUGGAUCUCUCAAGAUCACAAUUUCUAAACAGUACUCUAACUUCAGUACAGAAUGGUAAAAGCCUUCUUCCCUCUAAUGCCCUUAAGCCAACCAGCAUAACCCAGCUCCUCCAAUGCUCAUCCAGAUCAGAACUUCAAGAUGAAAGCUUGUCCAACAUGUUUCAUGGCGGCGUCGACGAGCACCAGAAUUUCUGGCCCUGGCCUGACCACCACCAGUUUCAUUGAACCACAGAUUAUCAGAAUUGAGACGGUUGAAGAAUUCAGAAGAAACCUAAGCUUAUUAUUACAGCUCCACCUUAAUUAAUUUCCCUAGUUAUUACUCCAUAAGUUUCAGUUUAUGUUUGUGAGAUAGAUUGGUGUAUAAAAUUUGCUUGAGCAAAUCUACUUUCAAGAGUGAGGAAACGGUGGGCUUUUAAGUAGUGCACCUUCUUUCCCCAUAGACACUUUAAAGUAUUGCAAUUAUCCCACAUACAUACAUACAUAUAUAUAUAUAUAUGUUGGUUAGGUUUGCAAUAAAAAAAGCAUUAAAUUAGUAAUACUAGUUAAGGUACAUGUGCCCCUAAGUGGAGUUCCAGCUCUGGCAUGCAAGUAUGGGGCCAUGAAAAGAAAUAGGAUUCCCUGUUUGCAUUCUGUGAUUGAGUAUAUAUAUAUUUUAUUUGGUGCUGGGUGCUUUGGAAUCAUGAGAUCAUAUCAUGAAAGAUGUUUGAAGAAAGUUCACCUGAUCUGAAUCAGCGACUGACUUUUAAAAGGGUGAGAGGCAUCGUCAUCAGCCAUCUCUCUCUCCUUCUUAGGAACAAGAGCCAAAUCUAGUUGGGAGUUUAAAAAGCAAGCAAGAUGCAUGGCACAGAGAAGUAGAAGAGGUGGGGUUUUGGGGGAUUCUGUGCACACAAUCCCAUAACA